AUGAUACUGAUAUUUCUAAUACUCGUUGUGCCUUUGUAUUACUUGCUCAGAUUUAUUUGGGAAUUGCCGACAGUUGGCAACUUGCAUUCGAAAGCCGUUUUCAUAACUGGUUGCGAUAGUGGCUUUGGUAAAGCUCUCGCUCUGAAAUGUGCAAAAAAAGGAAUGACUGUGUUUGCAGCAUGUUUUUCACAAAAAGGAGAGAAUGAACUGACCAAAGAUUACAGAGGUUCUAAUCUCAAGACGCUUUCUUUAGAUGUACGUGAUGACCAAAGCGUUGAGGCUGCCAGGACUUUUGUCGGCAAUAACCUGCCAGAGAACAUAAAGUUGUGGGGAGUUGUCAACAACGCUGGUGUGUUCUCUUGCUAUGGACCUGAUGAUUGGCUUAAGAUUACUGAUUAUCAAAGUUCAUUCGAUGUUAAUACUCUAGGAGUGAUCCGAGUGACACAGGCUUUCAAAAAACUGAUAAAGUUAUCUAAAGGCCGGAUAAUAACCGUUACAUCUGUAAAUGGACGAAUUUCAAGCCCUGCUGCCGGUCCUUAUGUCGUAGCCAAGUACGGAGCAGAAGCAUAUAUGGAUGCUUUGAGACAAGAAUUAUACAACUGGGAAGUUAAAUGUAGCAUUCUGGAACCAGGUAUCUUUCGAACCCCUUUAUUAGACGAGGAGGCCAUGACCAGUCGAGUUAAUAACGUGUGGCAGUCAAUAGAUAAUGAAACAAAAGAAGAAUACGGAGAGAAGUUUAAAAACUAUUUUAUUAAAAAAUGGAACGAGACUUAUAUCUCUAUGAGUUCCAGCAAUAUCGACUUUGUAGUGAAUAACUAUUACCAUGCAUUAGUGGCUAAGUACCCUCGUCACAGGUAUUAUUGUGGAUGGGAUGCUAUCUUGAUCUUCAUUCCUCUCUCCUUGUUACCAUCAUGGUUAACUGACUCUGCCAUUCGUAUAAUUGCUAAGCAAGAGAUACAACCUGCCUGUCAGGAAAAAAAAACUAAAACCAACUGA